CGAGGAAGAGUCACUGCCGCCAUGGUCGCCGCAGAAGGCGCCUUCCCUCACGAUGGAUACGGGGGCCUCAGGAAUUACGGGGCGCCCGAACCUGUCACGUCCAGCCCGUACCCACCUCCAGGUUCCCUGGCGGGAGUCGGCGUAGGUGUCGGCGUAGCUGGUAUGGGCGUCGGUUGUGGAAGCUCGAACCCACUGGAAUGGACUGGCCAAGUGACAGUACGGAAGAAACGCAAACCGUAUUCUAAAUUCCAGACGCUUGAACUAGAAAAGGAAUUUCUAUUCAACGCUUACGUGUCGAAGCAGAAACGGUGGGAACUCGCGCGAAAUCUGAAUCUGACCGAGCGACAGGUGAAGAUAUGGUUUCAAAAUCGACGGAUGAAAAAUAAAAAAAAUAGUCAACGGCAGCAGCAGAAUAAUAACAACAACAACAGCAGCGCCAAUAAUGCAAAUCACCACGCGGCGACCGGUAGUCACCACCAUCCGAGCCAUCCACACUCUAAUCACAGCUCUACAAACGGUUGCACAGGAACUGGGAUCGGGACCGGGACAGGGACAGGGACUGGGAACGCCGCUACCCAUUCCAACAGCCACGCGAGCCUGGUUACAGGUCACAGCCACACGCUUCACGCGCCUCAACCUCAAACGCCUCUACCGACCCACGCCGCCGGUGCCUCGAGCACCGUCACGCCCCCCACCGCCGUCGUUCAUCCACACAUUCACGCACACGCUCAUCAUCAUCAGUUGGCGCACGUGGCUCAGCAGUAUCCUGCGCUUCUUCAUCAGACGCCUCAUGGCCUGGCUGCCUGAACUUUCAGAUUUUUUGACACCCCAGAGAAAUCGAAGGAGUCGACGAAUCAUCCAUACGGUCGAUUCGCAAUGCAGCAAUUUCUCAUCAGUCCUCGUAGUCGUCGUCAUCGUCAUUU